GAACUGUGUAAGAGUGCAGUGCAGUCUCAGCACGGACCAAAAUUGCUUGUCACUCAACCACUGCUAGAAUGGAAGCAGGCAUGGACGUUCUCCAUCAUUCGGGCAUCCAAGCCACGCACUACCUCCAAACAAGCUACCCUGGAUCCCAGGAUUGGUUCCUUUUUGUCUCGUUCGCUGCUGAUCUCCGAAACACCUUCUUCGUCCUCUUCCCCAUCUGGUUCCACCUCUGCGAGGCAGUGGGAAUCAAACUCAUCUGGGUGGCUGUAAUUGGUGACUGGCUGAACCUUGUAUUCAAGUGGAUCCUGUUCGGACAGAGACCCUACUGGUGGGUACAUGAAACCAGUUUCUACCACAACACAUCAGCCCCUGUAAUCCAACAGUUCCCAGUUACUUGUGAAACUGGCCCAGGGAGCCCCUCUGGCCAUGCAAUGGGUUCAGCCGGUGUGUACUAUGUGAUGGUGACAGCCAUUCUUUCCAUCAUCCUGGGGAAGAAGCAGCCAUCAUGGAAGCACCGCUUCUUGCAGGCAGUGCUGUGGGCUGCUUUUGGGGCUGUCCAGAUCUGUGUCUGUCUCUCUCGUGUCUUCCUUGCUGCCCAUUUUCCUCACCAAGUCAUUGCUGGCGUCUUUUCAGGCAUGUUGGUUGCUGAAUCUUUCCAGCACAUGCGCUCCAUCUACGAUGCCAGCCUGCGGAGGUAUUUGGGCACCACUUUUUUCCUCUUCUCCUUCGCCCUGGGCUUCUACCUGCUGCUCAAGGUGCUUGGUGUGGACCUCCUAUGGACUUUGGAGAAGGCCAAGAGGUGGUGUGAACAUCCAGAGUGGGUCCACCUGGACACCACACCUUUUGCUGGCCUCUUGCGCAACUUGGGCAUUCUCUUUGGACUUGGGCUGGCCCUUAACUCCCCAAUGUACAUGGAGAGCUGCAAAGGGAAACAAGGACGCCAGCUGACCUUCCGGCUGGGUUGCAUUGGCACUUCACUCCUCAUUCUGCACCUGUUCGACUCUUUCAAGCCUCCUGCCAAGGUGGAGCUCCUCUUCUACUUGCUCUCCUUUUGUAAGAGUGCCGCUGUGCCCUUGGCGGCCGUUGCCCUUAUCCCCUAUUGUGUUUCCCAGCUGCUCAGCCAGCAAGACAAGAAAGCUGCAUAGUUAUGGGGACGGUGGCUUUUUUAUGAACUUAGGCAAAUGAAGAGACAAGAUGCAAGACCUCUGGGGCCAAAGGACGAUGUUCAUGGUGACCCUCUUACCUAGGUACAGCUGGGCUCUGCGGUCCCUGCUGGAUUGAGGGUUGAGGUAGACCCCUUAUGCCCCCUAACAUGCCCACCAGGCUCUUAGUCCCAUCCAGUUCCGCCAACAGGGUAUGAUUCUGCCUGUGAGCGCCAUCAGGCAAGGCAUGAAUCUAGAAAGGUACACCAGCACUCUUUUCUACCAGCAGGAAAAUCAAUUAUCAACUUGCUGCCCUCUCUGAGGUCACAGGGUUCUCCGUUUGAGAGGAUUACUGUAAGUAUUCUGCCCAGUGGCGCAGCUGGGGCUGGACCUCAGAGCCAAACUCCAGGGCUCCCCAAAUAACAUCCAGAGAGUGGCAGGUGAUGGGGGCAGCAGGAAACAGGCCCGCUGUCAGCACAUGGCCAGCUUGAUGUGCUGGGCCCCGCGAGAGACUAAUGCUGCUUACCACAGACUCCUUUCUUUCCCCUUACUCUUAAAAUGUUCAAUACACAGGGGCAGCAGGCCGGGUACAGAAGUUUAUUAUACUUUUCUACAAGAAAAUGGUGCUUAUUCCUAAGGAAACGUCUUUAGCAUGAGGGCAGCAAAAUCAAACUGUAUUUUAUGCCUGGAUGGUGCUUUAAUUUAAGUGAGUUUAAAAUGCAAAACUGCACAUGGUCAGAGUCUUUCUUCUAUUUUUAUCAGCCUUGGCCAUUUCUUUUUGUUUUGUUUUAGCUGGUCUAACAUAUCAGGAAUGUAGAAAUAGUUGUGAAGCAUGGCCUGGAGGUGGGGGGAUGUGGGGGGAAAGGUAAAUGUUACUUGUGUGCUUCACACACAUGGCUGUCAAAGGAGGUGGGGCUGUAAGAGCAUUACAUCAAUGGAUUGAAAUUCCCUAGCUGCACCAGUAAUCCUGUCUUAUGCUAGGAUCAGCUAGAGGGGAGUAGGAAAGAGAAACCACCUAGGCAAUUACCAGUCCACCCCUGACACUUGCCAGCAUCGUUCACAGCUAUUGAGCGCAAGUGGCUGGUGGGAUGAGGUCAAGUAAUUGUCCCUGCAUAUGUUAUGGAGAUUGGCCAUCACUGAAGGAUGGAUGGUACAUUUUGAGAUAGAGUAACGUUGGUGGCUCUAUCCCUGGCCUACUACAGCCGAGAAGCGGCUUUUGUAAAUGUCUGCAUGCCAUAUUUCUAUGUUUGUUUCUGUAUCCGUUUGCUAUUAAUAAAAUAUGACAUCUGUUUCAUUAGCAAAUGAAUAGCAAGUUGGCUUACUUACAAAAGCAUUUAUUUUAAUUACAAUUCCCACAUCAAGGUAGUGAUUCCCUCUGCCCCACCUAUUUAUUAACCAUAAGUAAACUCUUCUGCCCUUUGUUUCUCUUAACUGCCCAGGUCUUAUUUUUCCUCUGAGGCCUUGUGCACAAUCUUUGCUUUAGUGUACAAACAUUCAUACACCCUUGUCCACGCUGAAGCCUGUUUGUGUAGUGUGUGCAUGAAGAGCUUGGGCUGCCUUCUCAUCUGAAUGUCUCCAGGCUUCAAGGGUUUUAAGUGGUGAUGAAAUGCAGGUUUCAGAAUUUUCAGUAUCGGAGCUCUAGUCUUGGGGAUGAAUUUUAUUGAAACAUUUUCUGCAAUAUUUGCCCCCUAACCUCUAUUCCAGUCUCUGCCUACCCAAUUUUUCACUUUUAACUGCUGAAAAACAAGUAGUACGUGCAGUGUUUACAUGCCAAACAUUUUGUCCCAGACAAGUGGUGGUGGUUUCUUUGCUCACUGAGCAGGGCUUAAUUUAUAAAAUGAACCUGGGGUCCUAGCCUUUUGAAACACGACUUCUGACCUAGGUUUCAUCUUGACGAGCACAGGAGGAAAGCACAUUGCUCUUAUUCUCUGCAAUAUGAUGAAAUCAGCUCUGCUCCAUCAGUGUUAUAUAGCAGAGCCAGCUGUCCCUAAAACUCUGAUUUUCAAUGCUGGGAAAAACAUACUUCUGGGGAGGGGGGAGCAAGAGCAAUAGCUCCCCCCUGCUCCCCCCUCUUCCCCCAUUAUGCCCACUGUUCUGAGAAGAACCACGAAUCCAAAGUUAUCCAGGGCAGGAUCUGCACAUUUGUGGAGGGAGCUUUUAUCCUUUACUUUGUUGAUGCACAGCUGUGUAUCUCCAGCUCAUAGGGAGAGCACACGCACACACCAUUUUACCCCAUUCCAGCAAACUGUCGGGGAAUGCAGCAGAUCUCUACUUUUAUAAACUGAAGAUGUACAGCUGUGCAUCAGCAAAGUAAAGGAUAAAAGUUCCCUCCACAAAUGCAUAGUUUCGGAUAUAAAUUGGGGUGAAUUAAUGCAGCAGAGAAGUUAAUUAACACAACGUUGCCUUCUGCCUGGCUUCCAGCAACCAAUCAGGGGUCGCCAUCCACCCCUGGUUGGACCCCAGGGAAAGGUCACAUGGCAGAAGGGCCCUGGUGACCUCGCUUUGAAGAAAAAAUUCAGGCUAAGUUCCCAACUUUUUUACCGCUGCAAGUCUGCAGCUGUGUCGUAUAACUGAUCCAUUGUGGGCCUUAGAAGACAUAUAGACAGACCUCUAGAAACAUCAAGGCUUAGUACAAGCCACUUGCUUUACUCAUUGGUGAAGGAAAAGCACUCUUACAUCGUCAGAGGUAUCAUAAUCUAUUCUAUAUAUUUCAGAGCUGAGCCUCGUUCUGAAAAUAUGUCCCAGAGCUAAGCCCAGUUUCCUUGCCUGCCAUGCUAAAAGUCAACCGCUCAUCAGCUGUCAACAUUAACUCAUAAAUCCCUAGGAUUGAACAAUGGGACAGCUCCGGAAAGAGGUGGCACACACAGGCAGCAAAUGGCAAAUACAGAGUUAACUUUUCUGUUCUUUUUUGCAUGCUGUGUAAAAAGAAGCAGCAAGGGUAGCUAUAGAUCAGUGGCAGAGUGCAGGGUUUACAUUCAUUUUUAUUUUUAACGUUUCAGGUUCAUUUCCAGAUAUUUUCCAUUGAAGGACCUCAGGGAGCAUGGCAGGGUAAAGACCCAUUGCCUUGGCAUGAACCAACUCCAUAAUGUAAUAUAAGGCAGGUCCUUAAAACAUUUGAUGGAUUUCAUGGUGGUGCAAUUCGAUCUGUUCAGAGCCAACUUUCUGUUGAAAAUUCCCUGAUACCAGGGGCCAAGCAAGGGGAUAAGAUGAUGGUGAGGGAUGAGGGCCUUACGGGAAUGAGUUAAGUCUGAGCCAAAUUAAGGGCAGUAAGUUAAGUCUGAGGGCAAAUUCAGAUAACCUUACCAGGGGCAGGGGGAGAUUUCCAUGGGGAGUAAAACCCUCUUUUAAAAUUUUACUUUAUUUUUAAUAAAUCAAUUGUUUUUAAUUUUUGGGAAGUCUAUUAAGAAAUUGCUAACCUAUCUUUCUUGAAACAAUGUAAGAUGUUGGGUUAUAAAAUGUUAUGAGGAGCAACAGAAAAUGCUUAAUGAGAAAUAAUUCGCAAUGUAAAUAUGUAAAAAGUAGUAAUUGAAUUAUAUGGCAGACAUGCAAAGGGUGCGUCAACGAGGCAACUUCUGCCUCAUUCACUCAUAUUUAAUGGGGCAUCCACUUGACAUUCUCAUCUUCCUAUAAGGCCCCCAAUUUUCUUAGUGUGUGUUCCGUUUUUUCCUCUAGCACAAAACUCCCAUAAAAUUCCCUGAAUGAAGCAGGGCGGUGACACUAUAAAGGCCCCAUUUGGAAGCAAUCAGAACUUUUCUGCACAAGGCAUUUAUUUAUUGUUUGUCAGUUGUUUAUGGGUUCUGUAGAUGACCUCAUGGCCCUACAGCUUCACUUCUGCUUUUAAACAGCACUUUUGGUUAGUUAUUGCAGGGGAAAUGUAGUAUUAUUUAAAGAAAGCAAAAGAAAAUGCUGUUUCCACUUGUGUAAUCAUGCUAUUCCACUAUACCACUGUCUCAUAGAGGUUAUGUAGCGGAAAAGCAGUAAAAGAAACACUCUUUGUAUAGUGCUCGAAUCUCAAUUCUGCAACAAAACAGAAAGAAGGUACUUGUGAAGAAAAGCUUUCAAGGAGAGAAAAAGCAGAAUAAUAGCACAAUUGUUUUGCAAGUAUGGAUAGGAAAAUGUGUGAUUAAGGCAUGGUGAGAGGAAUUGUCCCUGAAAAAGGUGCAUGUGAGUCCUAAUUUAUAGGGUUUUUUUUCUUUCUAUAAUUUGAGUUGCAUUUUGAGUUGCAGAACCUUUUGGUGUCUUGCUCAGCAAGUCCUUUCUCUGUAAGAGCAUUGGAUUUUCUUCCUUUAAACUUUGUCAACAUUUGCUUAGAAAAUGUACAUGAAUGUAUUGGUGUGAUGGUUCUAACGCUGGGAUCUCCAAUGUGGUGUCUUUUUAAUAAUAAAUUUUGUAUACUUUUAAAUUUUGUAUACUUUUUAAUGUUUACUGUUUAAAUUUUUGUGAACUGCCCAGAGAGCUUCGGCUGU